AUCCAGUCCACACCGAUGGCCUUCAGGAGCAACUUGGGGUUAAGUGUCUUGCCCAAGGACACAUCGACUGCCGAAGCCGGGUAUCGAACCACCGACCCUCUGAUUGGAGAACUACCUUGCUCUCCACUACGCCACAGCCGCUUCAUCUCAGAGCUCAGCUCCGGCCCGCCUCCUUCUGACAACAUCCACCAAUGGGCUGAGGGCGUGGGCGGGGCCAGGAUGAGUGCACAGCUGCUAUUGGAGGAGAUGCUCAUCAAGCGCUCGCAGCAGAAGAAGAGGACGUCGCCGCUGAACUACAAGGAGAGGCUGUUUGUCCUCACCCAGAGCCAGCUGACCUACUACGACGGAAGGAGAGAGAAGAAGUUCAGGAGAGGCUCGAUCGAGCUGAGCCGCAUCAGAUGUGCCGAGAUCGUCAAGAACGGAGGAGGAAUCAUCCCCUGCCAGAAUAAAUACCCGUUUCAGGUAGUGUACGACACCAACACCCUCUACGUGUUCGCUCCGAGCCACGACAGCCGAAGCCUCUGGGUCCAGAGCCUCAAAGAGGAGAUCAAAGACAACGCUGUGGUGUCGGCCAAGUUUCACCCUCAGUUCUGGCAGGAAGGGGCGUGGCUCUGCUGCCGCCAGGAGGAGAAACAGGCUCCGGGCUGCGAGGAGUACAACCUGUUUGGAGACAUUUCCAGAAAACCUUUACCACCGAUUCCUGGUGAGAGGCGAAAAAACCAGAAGCGGCGGCCCCCUCCUCCUGUCCCUUCGGAGGGUAACCAUGACGAGGAUGGUGACUAUGACGACAAUGAAUGCGAGGAAGAGGAGGAGGAGGAGGAGGUGGUGGUGGCGCUGUACGACUUCCCCGGCGCCGAGCCGCACGACCUGAGUUUGGUCAAAGGAGGCGAGUACGUCAUCCUGGACAAGUGUGACGUCAACUGGUACAAGGCCAGAAACAAGUUCGGCGAGGAAGGCUACAUCCCAAGUAACUAUGUAACGGAGAAGAGGUCUGGAAACCUGGUGCAGUUUGUUUGGUUCAGUAAACAAGUCAACAGGAACAAGGCAGAGGAGCUGCUGAGGAAAGAGGACAAAGAAGGAGCAUUCAUCGUCAGAGACUCCAGCACUCCGGGAACCUACACCGUGUCCCUCUACGCCAAGUCUGCUGCAGGGGAGGGAGGUGCAGCUAUAAAACAUUACCACAUCAAGGAGACUCAAGGCUCACCUCAGCAGUUUUACCUGGCUGAAAAACACCUGUUCAGCUCCAUCCCCGACCUCAUCGAGUACCACAAACACAACGCAGCAGGUCUUGUUGUCAGGUUGAGGUAUCCAGUAGGGAAACAGGACAAGUCAGCUCCGUCCACCGCCGGCUUCAGCUACGAGAAGUGGGAGAUCAACCCCACUGAGCUGACCUUCAUGAAGGAGCUGGGCAGCGGUCAGUUCGGUGUGGUGAGGCUCGGCAAGUGGAGGGCUCAGCACAGAGUCGCCAUCAAGGCCAUCCGAGAGGGAGCCAUGUACGAGGAGGACUUCAUCGAGGAGGCUAAAGUCAUGAUGAGACUGUCCCACCCUAAACUGGUGCAGCUGUACGGAGUUUGCAGCCAGCAGAAGCCCAUCUACAUCGUCACAGAGUUCAUGGAGCACGGCUGCCUGCUGAACUUCCUCAGGCAGCGGCGGGGCAGCUUCAGUCUGGGGUCCUUGCUGAGUAUCUGCCUGGACGUCAGCGAGGGCAUGGAGCACCUGGAGGCCAACGGCUUCAUCCACAGAGAUCUGGCUUCCAGAAACUGUCUGGUGAACGACUCUCUGGUGGUGAAGGUGUCUGACUUUGGAAUGACCAGAUACGUGUUGGACGACCAGUACACCAGCUCAUCGGGUGCCAAGUUUCCAGUGAAGUGGUCUCCUCCUGAAGUCUUUAACUUCUGCAAAUACAGCAGCAAGUCAGACAUCUGGUCCUUCGGUGUGUUGAUGUGGGAGGUUUUCACCGAGGGUCGCAUGCCGUUCGAACAGAAUCAGAACCACGAGGUGGUUGCCAUGGUGACCAAGGGUCAUCGCCUGUACAGGCCCAAAAUGGCCACGCCCGCCAUCUAUGACAUCAUGCAGCUCAGUUGGCACGAGAGACCCGAGGAUCGUCCCUCGUUCUCUCAGCUCUGCCUGAUGAUCUCUGACGCUCUGGAGGGUGACACCCCUCCCCCAAACUGAUCAACUGACCAAUCAGCUGCUCCCACCAUCCCCCACACCAUCUGUUGGCGGCCAUGUAGGCCCCUAACAGCAGGUCCUGCCGUUCUUCCGGGUGCUAUGGCAGUAAUGUGUCGGAUCUACAACAUGGAGGAUAAAGUGUAAUGGUACCUGUCAGCGUUUGGAACUGACCAAUCAGAUGGAGCGGAUGGGCCAAUCACACCAGCUCUAGUCCAAUCAUCCACCAAUCGCAUUUGUUUAUCAAAUCAAGAUGCCAGUGCUCCUAAAAGCUUGAAACUGAAGCUUCGCUCAACAACACAAACUGAUGCUCAUGUUGGACAGCGAUGUAGGGAAAUCAGAUCAGUUAUUUUCAAUGAAAUGAUUUGUCUGCCUGUCUGUUGGAUCUGCCUCUGAUUCCUCCCAACCGGACGUCAAGUCCUCCGGACAGAAAUCUGUGAACUUCUAAGAGAAAGGUCUCAGUUUAUUUAAGGACUCGGCUGUGUGAAUUGUUUCCUGUGACAUUUAGGAAAUGGCUUCUUUUUGUUGUUGUUUGAUUCUACUGUAUGACUGUAUGUAUUUAGCUGAACUGAAAAUCGGACUAAAUGUUAUUCCCAUCAUAUCUUGCACAUUAAUAUUAAAAAUACUGAACUGUCUUAGAUUAGCGUGUGUGCUUUUCGCUCAUUAUGUAAAGUGUCUGAGUAUCUUAAGUCAGUUUGAACUGAAGAUCUGGAUACAUAAAGGUUGAAUAAGAUCAUAAAUCAUAAAACUCACCGUUCAGAUCAUAUCACAGAUCAACGAUCAGAUCAGACCAAAAUAAUAAAGGCAUCCAACAUAUCUUUAAGAGAUCCGUGAUCACGCUUCUUUGCCACCGAUACCAAUUGCCGAUCGUUGAUGCUCCAUAUUGACAGAUAGAUUUUUGUUUUUGUGAUAGCAGCUGGUGUGCAAGGCUUCAGACUAUUCUUUCAGCCACCAUCCCAAAAAUAAUUUCAACCACUCUGAAAUCAGCUGUCCGAAUGUAAACCUUUAAAAACUCUUAAUGUUGUCCUUUUACUUUGUUAUAUCUGGUGAACAUAGUGAGUAUUUGCAUAAAAACACCUAAAUUCGAAUGAUUAGGAAAUAAAAGAUUGUACAUUGACGUGAUAAACAAUAAACGAUGAGGAUGAGGCACUCUGUCUUUACGUUAACCUGAUUAUGAACGACUGCAUGUGUUGGGAGUUCAUCAUGUGGGGAAACAGAGAGAGAGUGCUACAUGUAAAAAGA